AUGGUUCAUUCGAGCAGUGAAGUGGAAGUUAUCAGGAAUGGUGGAUUUGUUACUCGAAUCGACAGUGAACGAUUGGUCCCUGGUGAUAUUCUCUUGAUUCCACCUCAUGGUUGUCUCCUUCAAUGUGAUGCUGUCCUUAUGAACGGAACCGCCAUAGUUAAUGAGAGCAUGUUAACUGGCGAAUCAGUGCCAGUUACAAAGGUUGCUCUUACGGAGGAUAUUCGAGAAGAAAAGCAUUUUUCCAUUGAGAAGCACUCCAAACAUGUGCUGUUCUGUGGAACGCAAGUCCUGCAGACGCGAUAUUACCGCGGCCAAAAAGUCAAGGCAGUGGUAUUGCGCACUGGGUUUUCCACUAUGAAAGGGCAGCUAGUCAGGUCCAUCAUGUAUCCUAAACCUGUCGAUUUCCGUUUUACAAAGGAUUUGUUCAAGUUUGUCGGAUUUCUUGGCUGCAUUUCUGGUUGUGGCUUCAUCUAUACCAUCAUUAUUAUGUUCCUGAGAGGAAGUACCUUGCGACGUGUUAUAAUUCGUGCCUUGGACAUCAUCACAAUCACUGUUCCUCCUGCUUUGCCUGCGGCUAUGUCGGUUGGAAUAAUCAAUGCACAGCUGAGACUGAAGAAAAAGGAAAUAUAUUGUAUUUCUCCAUCUACCAUCAACACAUGUGGAGCAAUCAAUGUUGUACGUUUUUAUUACGUUGAUCAAAUUUGUACACCUUUUUUAAGUACCCCGUUUGUUUCGACAAAACUGGUAACUUUAACUGAAGAUGGUUUGGAUUUCCACAUUCUUCGAGGAGUAUUGCCAGUAGAUGGUGCGAAUGGACCUGUUUUUACAACUGAAACAAGCCACAUGGAUCGUACGGAGUUGCCGUUGGAAGGAGAACUUGUAAAUGCGAUCGCCACGUGCCAUUCCCUCACGAGGAUAAAUGGUGUGUUGCAUGGAGAUCCGCUCGACCUCAUCCUUUUCCAGCAGACAGGAUGGAUUCUUGAGGAAGCUGGAUCAGAUGAGUCUGAUCAUGACGAAACGGAAAUGUUCGACAUGGUUCAGCCAACAGUCGUGAAACCACCAUCACGCGAUAGCAAAGAUGGCUGUGAAGAAUAUUCUGUUAUCCGACAGUUCACUUUUAGCUCGUCCCUUCAACGCAUGUCUGUGAUUGUGUUCAAUCCUUCGAAGGACUCCCACUCAAUGACCCUGUAUUGCAAGGGAGCACCGGAAAUGGUUCAUUCGUUGUGCGAUCCUGCUACUAUUCCUGAAGAUUACUUCGCUGUUGUCAAUGAAUACGCACAGCACGGUUUUCGUUUGAUAGCUGUAGCGCGACGUUCCCUAAAUCUCAAUUUCAAUAAGGCAGUCAAAGUUCCAAGAGAUAAGGUGGAGUGCAAGCUCGAGCUUUUGGGUCUUGUUGCAAUGGAGAAUCGCAUCAAGCCAGUUACUUUAGGAGUGAUCAAUCAGUUGAAUCGCGCUCACAUCAGAACUGUGAUGGUGACGGGUGACAACUUGCUCACAGCGAUGAGUGUUGCUCGAGAAUGUGGAAUAAUAAGGCCGAACAAACGAGCUUUCCUCAUUGAACAUCGUCCAGGAGAAGUAGAUUCAUGCGGCAGAACGAAAAUAAUUAUCAAACAAUCCGUUUCCUCAUCUGGCGACAUACUAGAGGAAGACCCACUUUUCACAAAGGCUGAGUCCGUUUCCUCAUCUGGCGACAUACUAGAGGAAGACCCACUUUUCACAAAGGCUGAGGUAGAUGUUGAACUUGGGAAGCUCAUUCAGAGCAGCUACCAUCUCGCUAUUUCAGGGCCAACAUUUGCCGUCAUCACCCAUGAGUAUCCUGAUGUUUUGUCCUCGUUAGUAUGUGUAUGCGAUGUUUUUGCUCGAAUGGCUCCCGACCAGAAACAGCAGCUUGUUAAUGGUCUACAGGAAGUGGGUUAUACUGUAGCCAUGUGUGGAGAUGGCGCCAACGAUUGCGCUGCUUUGAAGGCAGCGCAUGCUGGCAUUUCCCUCUCCGAUGCAGAAGCUUCCAUCGCAGCUCCAUUUACUUCAAAGGUUGCGGAUAUCCGUUGCGUGCCCACAGUAAUCAGUGAGGGGCGAGCAGCGCUGGUAACUUCUUUUGGAAUUUUCAAAUACAUGGCUGGUUACUCAUUGACGCAGUUUGUUACCGUGAUGCUUCUCUAUUACAUCUCUAAUAUCCUCACUGAUGGGCAGUUCAUGUACAUCGAUAUGUUUUUGAUCACAUUGCUAGCGGUUUUGUUUGGAAAUACGUCAGCUUAUGAAAAAUUAUGUCCUACACCUCCUCCAACACGACUUCUAUCGGUGGCAAGUAUUUGCAGUGUGCUGGGUCAGCUAGCCAUUAUGGGCGGAACGCAGCUGAUUGUGUUCUUAUUAACGACCAAGCAGCCCUGGUUUGUGCCUUACAAUCCACCACGAGGAGCUGAAAUCGAAGACAAGAGGAGCAUGCAGGGAACGGCUGUGUUCUACGUAUCUGUAUUCCAAUAUAUCACGCUAGUUGUUGUCUACUCGAAAGGACCUCCUUAUAGAAACACGCUGUUCAGCAAUCGACCAUUUUGUGCCUCCAUUGCGUUUGCAACC